UAAUACAUCUCCUUUCCCUUCUCGCCAUGCGGGAGGAGCGACGAUCGUGCUUCAGCAAAUCUUCCUGAAUUUGGACCGAAUGUUGCGAAUCGUCGACGCUUGACGCCCCUGAUCGCGACUUUAGUGGACUAAAACAUCAUUCGUGCCAUCUUCGUGUCCGGUUGGAGUCGCCUCGUGCACGUCGAAGCUUCUCGGCCUAGCUUAGCUUAGCUUAGCUUAGCUUGCUAGCAAAGAGACGCGUUUGGGAUCAACACUUUGCUCAGCAGAGAUCAAGCGGGAGUGUUGCGAUCGUCGUGUGAAAAUGUGUGCAAGGACAGCAGAGUACGAGGAGGAACUUUGGGGCCCAAAAGAGGAGAAGGAGCCACAACGUCAACUGCUGGACGCUGCGUUCAAUCUGCAGCCUCGAAUUGUGCUCCGCAGAGCAGACAUCACUAAAGAUCUUCGUACUGACCAGCAGGAGCCAGAGCCCCUUCACAUUAAAGAGGAAGUGGAGGACGAAGAACUCCACCACAUCAAAGAGGAAGAGGAGGAGGUCACCAAGUUUCCAUCGACUGGUGUUCCUCUAAAGAGUGAAGACAAAGUUCAAAGUGAGGAGAGAAGGGGGGCGGAGCCUCCAAGCAGCAGCUCAAGGCAACUCAUGACAACAGAAGGUGAUGGAGAUCACUGUGGAAAAUCACAAGCAGACGGCAUCUUAGCGCCACUGUCAGACAGUGACGACAUGAAGUCACACUCGACUCACACUGAUGAUGGACAGUCUGAAGUUGAUAAGACAUUUCAGACUGACAACAAACAAUGGAAAUGUUCUCAGUGUGGGAAAACACUAGCUAGUAAGAGUACUUUGAAACAACACAUGAGAACACACACCGGUGAGAAACCUUUUUCCUGCUCAGUUUGUGGUCAAAGGUUCACUCAGAAGGGAAGCUUAAACACACACACAAGAAUACACACUGGUGAGAAACCUUUUUCCUGCACCGUUUGUUGUCAAAGAUUUUCCGUGAAGGCACACUUAAAAAUACACGCAAGAACGCACACUGGUGAGAAACCCUUUUCCUGCUCAGUUUGUGAUCAAAGGUUCUCUGAACAUGGAAGUUUAAAAACACACACAAGAACCCACACUGGUGAGAAACCUUUUUCCUGCUCAGUUUGUGGUCAAAGGUUCACUCAGAAGGGAGGCUUAAACACACACACAAGAACACACACCGGUGAGAAACCUUUUUCCUGCACAGUUUGUUGUCAAAGAUUUUCUGUUAAAGCACACUUAAAAAUACACACAAGAACGCACACUGGUGAGAAACCCUUUUCCUGCUCAGUUUGUGAUCAAAGGUUCUCCCAAAAGGGAAACUUAAAAAGUCACACAAGAACGCACACUGGUGAGAAACCUUUUUCCUGCUCAGAUUGUGACCAAAGAUUCUCUAAGAAGGAAACCUUAAAAAGACACACAAGAACGCACACUGGUGAAAAACCUUUUUCCUGCUCAGUUUGUGACCAGAGAUUCUCUAAGAAGGAAACGUUAAAAAUACACACGAGAACACACACUGGUGAGAAACCUUUUCCCUGCACCGUUUGUGGUCAAAGAUUUUCUGUGAAGGGAUACUUAAAAAUACACACAAGAAUGCACACUGGUGAGAAACCUUUUUCCUGCACCGUUUGUUGUCAAAGAUUUUCUGUUAAUGCACACUUAAAAAUACACACAAGAACGCACACUGGUGAGAAACCUUUUUCUUGCACUGUUUGUGGUCAAAGAUUUUCUGGAAAGGGAGGUUUAAAAAUACACACAAGAGCACACACUGGUGAGAAACCUUUUGUCUGCUUCUAUUGUGGCCAAAAAUUCUCUGUGAAGGAACACUUAAGAACACACACAAGAACGCAUACUGGUGAGAAACCUUUUUCCUGCUCAGUUUGUGGCCAAAUGUUCUGUUAUACGUAUCAGGCUAAGACACACAAGUGUGCGGGUGAGAAGAGCAGUGAUCAAGAAGCUUUUUAAUGAAAAUGUAAAUGUUUAAUCUGAAAACUAAUUACCUGAUUUACAAAAGUCUACAGUCUUGUAUUCUGUGUACCAGAUUUUAUUAUAUUCUUCUUCUUGACCAUAUAUUUUCUCAAAGACCCUCAAGUGUAAAGAAUUAACAUUGGUGCCAAAAUACUUAAAAGGGACUAGUUGAAGGUGAGAACACGGGCACGUAUGCCAUCGUGCUGGACUCAAAAAUGUCUCCCGAAAAAAGCUCCCCAAAACACACUCAGUCGUCAUUUUAGUCAUUUACUGAUGAAAUAUUUAAUUUUCAGCGAGAUUUUGGCCUGCCCACAGUUUGGAUAUGUCAGCCUGUUACAGCCUGACGCAAAAUGAGCAGGAGCCGAUUACAUUUCCUCAUUGAACUUCUGUGUUUUCCAUGGUGUAAUUUGUCCCCAUAUUGAAAGUCUGGGACAAUAAUGAUAAUAAGAAUACAAUAAUAAGACAAUAAUGAGCAAAAAUAGUGAUAGUGAUUGUUUAAAAAAUAAAAAUUUUGAAUUUUAUUUUUUUAAUAACUUUUUUUAUUUUUAAAUUCUUCUUUGAACGUACGUCAGCUCAAUUUUGAAUUGAUUGCACCACAAAUGUAUUGUAUAUGUGUGAAUGUAUGUAUAGAUCAAAAGUAUGUAUGGAUCACAGAGGCGUUUCUGUCGGUGGCAUUGUGUGACAGACGUGGACUUUGGCUGUCUGUCAUAACGUCGGCUGACCCAUGACGGGGGUCUCCCGGCCGAACGCGUUUCGUCGUUUAAUAUCCUGAAACUGCAGGUGAUCUGAUUUUAUUUCAUCUGAUCCAUAUAAUCUAAAAUAUUGGGCUGAUUGUGGAAAUAUUUGUCAGAGGUUGAAGCUGCGAUGAGAAGAGAUGUCCGCAUAAAUUUUGGUGAUGAUUGUUGACAGUUUUUGGGUGUUAUUGGGUUAGGUUAGAGACCCUUCGUUAUCGAUGUUUCUUGGGUUCAUGUAUGAGGCCUGCAAGGAUGUGGCAAUCACCCGCCGUGUUUGUAUGAUUUUACUGAUGCAAUUUUUGAGCACAUCAAAUGAGUGAUUGAACAUAAUUCUGGGGUACUGGUUGUCGUUCAUGUGAUGCAGUGGUGUAUGACUGCAAAGUAAGAUAUAAUACCAGCUUCAACAAAGUGGUGUUUGGAAACUCAAGCAAGCUGUAUAUUUUUUUUUCCUGAAAAAAGUGAGGGGAUUCCACCUGACAGCUACGAUGUAUAAAAUAUGACCCAUUACUGCCACUUAAUAGUAUAGGACAUUCCUUUUCCCACACCAGCGAUGGCAAGUGAUUUUCCAUUUUCGAUUUUGCAGAUGAAAAGGGGGCGUUUGAUAGGAAAUGAGUUAUUUACCAAUUGCUCCAAAACGUUUUGAUGUUAUUGGAAAUGACUGCCAGUUUAAUUUUCUUGAGCAAAUAUCCAUAAAACAAACUUGUUCGUGAAAUGUAGACCAUGAAGACACAUACUUCCUUUAAGCAAUGCAUGCAUUUUCUCCAACGUUUUCGUGAUGUCAAUAUCAAAUAAGUGAAUGAUUGAUUGAAAUAAGACUGGAAAGAAACCUUUACUUUUGGUGGUAAAGUGUAUUUGUGAUCCUUAAUAAAAUACACUCCU